AGAUGGACUAUGAAUCCUCGGCAAAGAAAAUUGAGCAAGAGGAAGUCAUCGAGCAUUAUGUGACCGAAUCACGUCGAUUACCUGGUGCCAAUGCUUCACACGUCCCCCUGCAAGAAAUUCUGAAGGAGACAGUUGAACAACGAUACAAUGAGGAAUUACCAGUUCAUGAUUUUUACCCUACAUCACAAAACUCUUUACAAGCAACUUCAUCCGCGCUUAACAGUGAGGCGGAACGGAGAUUCCAUGCAACCGGUGAAAGAGAUUGCAGUAGAGAUGCGUCAUUUAUGCAAAUAUCAGGAAUGUCUCCUGGUAGUCACAAGGAAUCAGCAAACGUACCAGUACCAUAUCUCAAAUUAUCAGAUAAUUUGGAUCGUUCCAUGGCAAAUAUUCAUUCUUAUGGAUAUGAUGUUCACGAAGUGCAUACAUCAGAGGGUGGUGCACGAAUAGUGCAAACGCAUGGAUCAGGCCUCAUCCAUGAUGGAUCCGCGAUACAACAAACAGAACGAAGCCUAAAUCAACAACGGAUACAUAGGGAUAGAAGUGUCGAACAUCAGCGGUCAACGUUGAUUCAGGAGCGGAGUGAAGGAAAAGACUCAGGAGUCCCCUCAACUCUAAAAUCUAGUCACAAAGAAGUCGGUUUCCUCCACUCAGCAAGGUCAACAGCUAAUGAAAUUGGUGCUGUAAUUGAUCAUCAUCGGAAAACCGUAUAUACACUGCCUUUUCCAUCUGCUGAAAGAACAAAAAAUUGGCAAUGUAUCGGCACCUUACCGGAAGAGAGUAAACUGUCUCGAAAGGACAGCUACAAACGUAUGCAAAUGGGACAGCAGGAUGAUUCGGCUGAUGUUUAUGCGCCUCGAUCGGAUGCCUCAUUAAUCGCCGGUUUCACAAAAUCACGUUCGCAAUCAUCCGAAGGAACGCCGACACUAUGGGAACAAGUAACACAAUUCAUGAGAAAGAUUCUCGCAAGAGCAAGGAAUACGACAUGGACGCCCCGCUUAAUUUGUCUUUUGUUGUUAUUUUUACUUCUUGUCACUUUACUUUUCAUUUUACUGGGCAUUGUACUCAACGCUCUAUUUAGCUCUUACUCGAUACGGACAUUAUCCUUAUAUCCACCAAUAUGUAAAAAAUGUCACCAUCAUGUCCAGGACGCUGUCUACAAUCAGAUUCCCAGUCUACUUCAUAUUAUCUUCUAUAGUUCAUCACAGGUUCAUUUCGAGCUGAUCGGGAAUUUACCGUUCAAAAGUAACUCGUCCAGUGUUAUCGAUUUCGAAACGGGUUAUAUAGCAAUAGCGGAUCAUGCGUUGAUUGAUAGUUCUGGUAAGCAUAUCGUAUGUUUCCUGCUGCCCCUUGAUCGUUCCGCCAUUCCAAGUGUCACUGCUCUUCGUGAUGCGCUUUCAUCUGUAACCUCUGAGAUUUAUUCGGAAUAUGGAUGGCAAGAAUAUUGGCAGUACCACGCAGAAGCAAUAGAUGCGAGAAGUGCAGAACGUAAAUUUACAAAUAAAAUUGAUGAUUGUCGAAGUGCAAAAUGGUAUUUACUGAAGCAUACUGUUUAUACGCGAGAUUCAAGUUGCUCGAAUUGUUAUGACUUUUGCUUGCCAGACUACGCUAUUCAACGAUUACAUAAGUAUGAAGAUGAUAUGACGAUCGGUAUCAGACGUUUGGAUUGUUUCCGACUUUAUGUUUCUGAAUGGGAAAGAUAUCAACUGACACCUGAUACUCAAGGUGGACAUUGGUCUUAUCCAAAAAUUUCAUUAAAUGCACAACAAGGUUCAUUAGGAAAAUAAAUUAAUUAGGAUCGAACCAAUCAAAUUCCAC